UCGUUCCCACCCCAGGUCUCCAAAACCCACAUCAAUGCACCAUUUGUCAGCACGCAGCCCCCUCUCGCACCAAUCCACCCUUCUUCUUUGUCCCCGGCUGCAGCCGCCCGCUCUCUCGCCUUCUCCUUCUCCCCCACCGCAGUCGCCGGCCCAUCGUUUCUUGGACUCUCCGCUCCUUCCCUUCUGCUCCGCCUUGCUCCCGCUCCCCAUCCCCCAUUGCUAGAGCUCCAGCCCCAGGAAUCGUGAGGAGUUUCUAGCCUCUGCGCCUCCACAUUCCCUCGCCCUUUGCAAUGGUGAUGUUUUCUUGCUCCAUCUCGGGACCGGGGCGUUGAUUAGAGAGAGAGAACUCUGGAGUGGCGGUUACCUGGCUGGGGUGUGCUGCCCGUGCCGUGCGUGCUCCCCGGAUUUGGACGCACGGGAGUCAGAUCCGUUCCUCCCUCGCUCCAUCCCUCCAAGGAUCCAUGGGUUCCGUCAAGCUGGGCUCCAAGCCGGACGCCUUCACCAGGCGAGGCCAAGCAUGGUUCUGCACAACUGGACUUCCCAGCGACGUUAUCGUUCAGGUCGGGGAGAUGUCUUUCCACCUCCACAAGUUCCCUCUGCUUUCAAAGAGUGCCAUCUUGGGAAGGUUGAUUGAGGAGAAUUCAGACCAAGAUGAAUGUACCAUCAAACUGUCUGACAUCCCUGGAGGUGCAAAAUCAUUCGAGUUAGUGGCAAGGUUCUGUUAUGGUUUGAAGAUAGAGCUCUCUCCAGCAAAUAUUGUCCACCUUCGUUGCGCCGCCGAAUAUCUCGAGAUGACAGAAGAAACAGCUCAGGAUAACCUCAUCCACCAGGCAGAAAUGUUCUUCAACCAAGUCGUUCUCCGCAGCUGGAAAGAUUCCCUGGAAGCACUCAAGACAUGUGAUGUCCUUCUCCCUCAUGCCGAAGACCUUCACAUUGCAAAGAGGUGCGUCGAAUCGUUGGCCGCCAAGGCUAGCAUCGACCCAGACCUCUUUGGCUGGCCAGUAUCAGAGCACGGUGCGAUGCAUAGCCCUGGUGGCAGUGUAUUGUGGAAUGGUAUUAGCACGGGCGCAAAGCUCGGGAACUUCAGCUCAGAUUGGUGGUAUGAUGAUGCUUCAUCAUUGAGCUUCCCUACAUACAAGAGGCUUAUCUCCACCAUGGAGUCAAGAGGCGCCAAGGAGGAGAUCGUCGCCGGUUCACUCACGUACUAUGCCAAGAAGUGUCUCCCAGGACUGAAUAGGCGUCAAAGCAUGGGACCGGUGCCCCUGACUUCUGCUGCUGCUACCUUAUCCGAGGAAGAACAAAGGCAUUUGCUUGAGGACAUUGACAGGAUGCUGCCUCUUCAGAGAGGCCUGAUAUCCACAAAUGUUCUGCUCUGGCUGCUUCGAACUGCCAUGAUUCUGAAAGUCAGCCGUGCUUGCAUUUCCAACUUGGAGAAAAGGGUUGGCAUGCAACUAGAUGAAGCCACACUGGAGGAUCUGCUGCUGCCGAACUUCUCGUACACAAUGGACACGCUCUACAAUGUCGAAUGUGUGCGCAGGAUCCUUGAUCACUUCUUGGCGAUGGAUCAGACCAUGGGUGGUGGCUCCCCGUGCUUGGAUGAUGUGAUGGGUUCUCCUUCACUUGCACCAAUCACCGCUGUCGCCAAGCUGAUUGAUGGCUACCUUGCAGAGAUUGCACCAGAUAUCAACCUGAAGCCACCGAAAUUUGAAUCUCUUGCAACUGCUUUGCCUGAAUAUGCCCGGCCUCUAGAUGAUGGACUUUACCGCGCCAUUGAUGUAUACUUGAAGGCACAUUCUUGUCUACCGGAAUCCGAGCGCGAGCAUCUCUGCCGGCUGAUCGACUGCCAGAAGCUGUCCCUGGAGGCAUGCACCCACGCAGCGCAGAACGAGCGCCUGCCGCUGCGUGUGGUGGUGCAGGUCCUCUUCUUCGAGCAGCUCCAGCUGCGGACAUCCAUCGCCGGGUGCCUUAUGGUCUCCGACAACCUGGAAGGAUCCUCACGCCCCCUCCAUGGCAGUGGCACCAUCGCCACGUCCGGCGAAGCCGGUGCCCGCUGGGUCACGUCGGCGGCGGUGAGGGAGAACCAGGCGCUCAGGGCCGGCAUGGACAGCAUGCGGCUGCGGCUGGCGGAGCUGGAGAGGGAGUGCUCUGGCAUGCGGCAGGACAUCCGGAAGCUCGGCGGUGCCGCGGGGAAGGACGGGUGGGCGGCGCGGGUCCAGCGGAUGUUCAGCCUGAAGAUGAAGCUGCAGAUGUGCAGCACCGAGGAGGGGAAGAUGAACGACCGGCACAGGAGCGCCAGCGCCAAGCUGGAGAAGCUGCAGGCCAAGGCACCUGAAAUUCUUUUGAGCGUCGGACAAUUUCCGCUUUGCGUGAGGUUGAAGGUGCAAUUUUGCGCGGAUGGUGGCUUGGAUGAUUCGCCAGCAGAGUCGUCGAGCUUCCGCAGCCCCAGCUCUUUCCCCAGAACGAAGCGUACAAAGUGGUCUGACAGGGAGCCGCUUGAUUGUUCCGCGUCGGCCUGCAGUGGUGCACGCGUGAACAUGCUUGACCGGUGUUCGGAGAGGCGGCAGAUUGCUUCCUGUAGUGGCGACCAACCGCAGAGCUCUGGCAUGUUUGUUGCCAUGCAGGGGAAUGUUUGUCCUGUCAAUAACGGCGGUGGGAUCUAUUCGCAGUCUGGCACGGGCCAUUCAAAUGGUCAAAAUGGGACAUACGGUGCAUAUCCGCAACAUCAGCCCUUUGAAGGCUGUAUGUAUGUGAAUGAGCAUGGCCAGAUGUGUGGGCCUUACGCACCCAAGCAGCUCUAUGAGGGGCUAUCCAGUGGUUUCUUGCCUCGAGAUCUUGCUAUUUAUGCUCUUGUUGGUGGGCAAAUGCUCAAUCCUGUAGCCUUGAGUUCUCUGGAGCAGUUUCUUUCACAAUGGAAUUCUGCUGGCGCGGUCACCACUCCGAAUGAACCGAAGGAGAAUAAGACAGUGGCUCGUACUGAUAAACUGGCGCUUCCAAAUGCUCUCUCAAGCGAUGAGUCAUGCUGGAUGUUCGAGGACAGCGAUGGCAGCCGUCAUGGGCCACAUUCUCUUGCUGAACUUUCUUAUUGGCUUCAUAGCAGCUAUCUCCAGGAUCUUUCUAUGGUUUACCAUGUUGAUAGCAAAUUUGGUCCAUUUACACUUGUAUCAUUAGUUGAUUGGUGGAGUGGAGGUCACACAGAGCAUUCAGAAGCUUCAGAGAAUGAUUCUGGGUCAGCCAGUGACGUGAUGGGUGACAUAGUCGAUGAUAUUAGUCAUCAGCUCCAUGCCGGUAUAGUGAAAUCAGCCCGCAAGAUUUUUGUUGAUGAAAUUUUCAGCUGUGUGCUUCCAGAAAUUAUCGCCUGUAGGAAGACUGAGAAGCAGCUAGCUGCAAAAUCGAAACUCCUAGCUGUUAAGCCUGACAGCAAGAAGGCUUCAGCAUUAAAGGGCAAGGCUCAUGCAAAAUUUACUAAUCACAAAAAAGGAAACUCAUAUAAUACAGUACGAGCAACUUCUCCUGUGGCUGUUCAGUCAACUGCGGUGCAUGCCAAAUUUUCUGAUAUAUUAUCAGCAGUUUGGCAAACUCUUUAUUAUGAAUCCAUGAAGAAUAUCUGGGAUGGGAUAUUGUAUGAUCCUGUUAUGGACUACUGUGGUUCAUGGAUUAAGAGAAAUCACCAUUCAAGUCUUCCUUGUACGAGUAUUCCUGGUGCGUCUGAUAACGCAAACAAGCAAGAAGCUGAUGGAUUGAAGGUAAUAUGUGAUUCAGUAGCUCUUGAGUGCGACAUGGAUUUCCCACCUGGAUUUGGGCCAACAUUGGAGUGUGCAAGUCCCGUCUCUCCGCCGCUGUUAGCCAUUAGUUCUUGCAAUGACAAAAAUAGUUGGUGGCGUGAAUCAAGUUCCACCAUGUAUUUUGACCCCUCAUCAGGAGUCCAGGUAAUGCUGGCGAAUGAACUAUACGUGGCAGCAAAGGAAACUUUGUUUCACCAUUUCAGGGAGGUUAUUGCAGAGGAGAUAACAAACUGGUUGUGCUUUGGACUUGAAGACAUCACUGAACAAGAACUAAUUCGUACUCCUGUUCAUGCACCGGACUCGCCUAGUUCUGCUGCAAUGGACAUUCUUGAAACACCCCCCAUUCCUCCUGAAAUGGCUCAAGAUAAAUCAUUGGAUAUUGCUAAAAUGACUACAGUUGCAAUAACCAGUCCGGCUGAAAUGGCUCUAGGUGCAAUGACCAGUCUGGCUGAAAUGGCUCUAGAUGCAAUAACCAGUCCGGCUGAAAUGGCUGUAGAUGAAGUGUUGGUUACCGCUGAAAUAGCUACUGAUACUGUACCCAGUCCUGCUGACAUGGUGGCAGGCGCAACAUCAUCUGUAUCUGAUGUGGCAACAGAUAAAAUGCUCACUUCUCAUGUGGAGCAUCAAUCCCCUUCUUCAUCUUAUGCUAGUAUAUUUGAAAAGCUGGAUGUAUCUGAGGCAGCUGAAUCGGAUGAGAGUUUUGAUGAGGUGCCUCCUGGUGUGGAGACUGGCUCAGCUUCUGUGCUGGUCAUGGACAAAAACAAAUACCGACCUUCAAAAUCAAUUAACUCUAUGCCCGGAAUAUCUAGACAUAUCAGCGUGGCUAUCUGCAGGCAGACACUGCAUACGAAUGUUAUAGAAGAGUGGGCAUCUCUCCUGUCAGAUACUAUCAGCGAGUGCCUUGAUUCAUGGUAUACCAAGCAGACUUUUGUGCCUAAAAACAUCGACGAAUCAUUGAGACCUAAUAAAGAAUAUGCGUACUACAAAAAGAGAAAGUUAAGGAACAACUGUGAAGCAGUGUCAUCCAAAAAAGCAGUGGGAACUCCAACGGAUGAGCAGCUUUCCAAGCCUCUACGCGAGCUUGUUGAGCGCAAGGUUCAUCUUAAAAAUGUCCAGGAACCAAGGAAGGCCGGGAAGUCGAAAAAGUCCUCCAAGAGUCGUACCAAAACUCUUGAUAAUGUUGUAAACACUUUGAAUAUCGAACAAGGCUUGAAGCGGCUUUCCAAUGAUGUGCCAAAGACCUCCAAGAGUCGUACCAAAACUCUUGCUAAUGCUGUAAACCCUUUGAAUAUCAAACAAGGCUUGAAGCUUCUUCCCAAUGAUGUGCCAAAGGCCUCCAAGAGUCGUACCAAAACUCUUGAUAAUGCUGUAAACCCUUUGAAUAUCAAACAAGGCUUGAAGCGGCUUUCCAAUGAUGUGCCAAAAGCCUCCAAGAGUCGUACCAAAACUCUUGAUAAUGCUGUAAACCCUACGAAUAUUGAACAAGGCUUGAAGCGGCUUUCCAGUGAUGUGCCAAAGACCUCCAAGAGUCGUACCAAAACUCUUGAUAAUGUUGUAAACCCUUUGAAUAUCGAACAAGACUUGAAGCGGCUUUCCAAUGAUGUGCCAAAGAGACAAAGGACUUCUCAUCUUACUAGGACGCCUCUGGUUGAUAAUGAGGUUCCUUUUGAGAACAUUAGUGUGCCCACAAAGCUCGCAAAGAAAAGAAAGAAUAAGAACAUGUCUACUGACUCCAGUCAGAAGGCAAAGCCAUUGAUUUUGUGUCCAGAGUCAGAUGGCUGUGCAAGAGCUUCCUCCAAUGGGUGGGAGUGGCGUAAUUGGGCACGCACCGCCACUCCAUCAGAAAGGACUCGUGUGAGAGGGUACCAUGUUCGGAGUAUUCUUUCAACUUCAGCUAAUAAUGUGUGGAAAAAUCCGCAAGUUAAAGGUACAUCUGCGCGAACAAAUCGCGUAAAGUUACGAAACCUGUUAGCUGCUUCUGAAGGCACUGAGCUACUGAAAAUUACCCAAUCGAAGGCAAGGAAGAAGCGGUUACGUUUUCAAAGGAGCAAGAUCCAUGAAUGGGGUCUGGUGGCCCUUGAGUCAAUUGAUGCAGAAGAUUUCGUUAUUGAAUAUGUUGGUGAACUGAUUCGCCGUCCGGUCUCAGACAUACGUGAGGAUCAAUAUGAGAAGAGUGGAAUUGGAAGCAGUUACCUUUUUCGCUUGGACGAUGAUUAUGUGGUUGAUGCUACUAAGCGUGGUGGUUUAGCAAGAUUUAUCAACCAUUCGUGUGAGCCGAAUUGUUAUACAAAAGUAAUUACUGUUGAGGGCCACAAGAAGAUUUUCAUUUACGCAAAGAGGCGUAUAUAUGCUGGCGAAGAAUUGACGUACAAUUACAAAUUUCCAUUGGAGGAAAAGAAGAUACCAUGCCACUGUGGUUCCCAAAGGUGCCGUGGAUCAAUGAACUAAGAAGUCAAGCUUAUUACUGAGGAUUUUACACUAAAGUACAGGAUGGUGGAACAUGCUGUUUUGGGGAGAUUACAGUUUCUUACCCUGUGAUGAAGAACAAACUACACUAUUUUAGGCUAGAUGAGCUGCUAAUUCAGGCUAUCCAGAGUAAGGCACAAUCGCCGACUAUUGGUUGCCAGCUCGCCACUGCCUUGUGGAAGACUGCAAGUGAGCUUUCUCCCUCUGGUCUGGUGAGAGUGAAGAGGAGGACAAGUGAGUUCAGCGUGGGCGGAGCUAGUGGAUGGUUGGUUACUUGCUGACAAGGUACAUACAUAUAUAUCUCUAUCUGUCAUCCGUGGGGUUUGUAUGUAGAGACGCCCUGUAUGAAUGUGAAUGUAUAUGCUUCUAUCCACAAACUAUUCGGAACCAGUGUGGAUGGCGUUCUUGCAGGUUGCUUGAUUUCUCGCCCGAGACAUGCAUAAUCCACCAGUGUAAGUAAGUGCAUUCUUAAUCUGUUUGCUUGUGUAGCUCCAACCCGUGAUGCAGGUGUGCAUGCUGAUCUCACUGCAAAAGCGAGCAGGAACGGGGAAAUAGUCCAAAGCAGGCAAGAAUAUGAAGAGGCUCGCAGGUCUCAGGCUCGGCAUAUCCCAAAGAAAAUAAUGGGUAAUUCGAGUUUGGUGCGUUGCUAAAUCAGCUGGCUUUGCCAAGAAAAAGAAGAAGAAAAAAACCCGGCGUUGCUACUUCUAAGUCGACUGAGAUUCUCUUAGAGAAGCGCAACUUUUGGUGAAAAAUAAGAUGUAAGUUGCGCUACUUCACUAAACUAAAAAUGCACUCUUCUGAACUGAAAAUCUCAGUCGACUUAGACAUAGAUAGACAAACCCGGAAAAAAGGAGAUCUUAAGCCAGGAGUUGUGCCCAUGGAUAGCCAAGCCAAUACAUAGUUGUGGCAUGCGAGAAAAGACCAAGCUUUUGGCAAUCAUCCAAGCAUGUGACAAGCUUUUAGGCUCUGCCAGCAGGACAAAAUUCAUGGUUAGUUUGGGCACAGGCCGAACACGUACGCCCAUUGUUACCAUCUUUCCAUGGAAGCUCAAGCUCAGUGAAGCCACAUGGCUCCGCUUGGCAUUUUGGGGUGUGACGUGAGCGUGCAAUCGUUUGUGGCUAUGCUAGAUUUAUUGAUCCUAUUUACAACCAAACUAACCGCUAUUUUCACUGUCAAAAUACAUAAACAGGCAGUAUAUUUUUCAUAGCA